AUGGGAUUUGGUAACGAGUGGAUUUGGGUGGAGGAGCUCCGGCCAGUGUACGCUUCUACCAUAUCAACUCUUCCUUCUCCUAAAUCAGGAUAUGUUGUUGUUAAUUCAAUGGAAAUGUUUUCGAUGAUCCUAUUGGUGCUUGAUUUAACUCCAUCGAUGUCCCCAACGACGUCUCCAAUGUGGCAGAACAAGGUGAAUCAUGUGACGCCGCCGAUGAUGCAACUUCUGGGGAGUAGGUUGAAGAUGGAUCCGGUUAUGGGUUUGAUUCGUCGACGAGCUCAAGCUCAUAUUCGUAUCAUUGCAAGAAACAACGACAAAAGCGAACCCCAACAGGGUGUUUCCUCUUCUUCUCAUAGUCAAUACCCCUCGGCUUGGCCUGAAAUUCACGAACCUGCACUAAAAAUCGCCACACUUCCGCUACCACUCUUUAGUCAGGUUCUCUCCAUGGGCCAGUAA